AUGACUCCCCAUGAAGCAGCCCAUGGCGUGAAGCCGAAUAUUUCUGGCUUGCAUGAAUGGGGCUACCAUGUAUGUGUACACAACACUUCUGGCUCUAAACUUGACAGCCACAUACUUGAGGGUUGCUGGAUGGGCCUUGACACUGAAAGCAAAGGGCACCAUGUAUACUGGCCCACCAAACAUUCUUCCGUCGACAACAUCCCUCUAAGCCUUGAGGGGGAGAAUAUCACAACCGAGCAAGACAAAGAUGCAUCAGUUGACAACAUUUUUAUCAAAGUUGACGCACCUCCACAAGCCAUCCCACAACCUCCUGCCAUUCAACCCGCUAUCCCGCAUAAUCCCGUUCCUAUACCCCAACAACAUGACCCAAUCCCACCAGCCAAGCCCCAAGGACGUCGAAGCUCACGAAUCUGCAAACCUGCACAGUACGUUCAUGAUCUACUCCAUGGCAAAGGAUCAGCCACCGGAAACACAAAUAAAACCUUACCUAAAGGUAUCCAAAUCCCAAACAAUGUCAACGAGCAAAACAACAAUGCUGAAGGUCAUGAUUGGGAUCUGUGA